GGGAACAAUAGGAGGUGAGGACGGGGACUGGCCUGACUCCGUACUUCAUUCCACACACUGCUUUCAUACCAGCGGAAUCACACUCCGGCAAGAUGAGGUGUUGGGCAGCAUUCCUGGUGGUUCUGGUGGCUGGAUUCCACUUUGUCCCCAGUAUGGGACAAACUUACGGAAGCGGCAGUGCCAGUGGCAGUGGCACUGGCAGUGGUAGUGCUAGUGGCAGCGCGUUUGUGUCUGGUCAGACGGGGACAUCCGGCACAGCGGGAAGCGGGUCUGCAUCAGGUGGUCAAGGGGCGGGGCAGUUUAGCAACGGUGGCACUGGCAGUGGCUUCGCUGGGUCGGCAGGUGCUGGCCGUACCGUCGGUGCUGGUUUCGGUGCUGGAACUGGUGCUGCAGGACGCGGAGUUGCCGGAUUCCCUGGAUUCGUUGGCACCGCUGGCACCGCUGGCCAAGGUGGGGCCGGUGCUUUUCAGCGAGGCACGAGCGUCAUCCAGCAGCAGCCUACACCGACAGUCACUCAGACUGUAACCAUAGACAGGUUCACAACACUCACGGACAUCGUCUUCCAGAGCUACGGUGUGACCCUAACUCAGUUUGUGGUGGAGACUGCCACCAGGCCUGUGCAGCAGGUUGUGGUGACCCCCGUCAAUGACCAAGUGGCUAUCACCACCACCGUGCUUCACCGCCCAGAAUACAUCACACUCACGGAAACUAAGUCUGACUUCCGCCUAGCCGUGAGAACCUCAGUCAGCCACGUCACGCUCACCCACACCGCCUACAACAUCAUGCACGUGCCCUUCACCAUAACUGCCACCGAAACCGUGCACCUGACCUCCCCGGUGGUGAGGACCGUCAUCAGCACACAGCGACAGGUUGUCACGGAUUACCGCACCAUUGUCAACACCGUGUAUGCCCGUGGCGGAUACCAUUGACUUAACAUCACUUAUGCCCAUGGUGGUUACCAUUUAGUACUUCUAGUCUUGAUUAAUAAUGUGGAAUCAAUUAAUGUCUAGUUCAUAAUGCCAGAUCAUGAAUAAACCGCAGGUGCUAA